CAUUCAUUUCCAACCAUGGCAAGCGGCGCGCAAUCGUUCUACGAGCUCUACCGUCGGAGCAGUAUUGGGCUCGCCCUGACCGACACGCUCGAUGAUCUGAUUAGCGAAGAGCGCAUCCAUCCGCAACUGGCGAUGAAGAUCCUGGGCAACUUUGACCAGGCAAUCACCGAGGCGCUGCAGAAGAACGUCAAGAGCCGGCUCCAAUUCAAGGGAAGCUUGGACACAUACCGAUUCUGCGACGAAGUGUGGACUUUCCUCAUCAAGAACGUGACAUUCAAGAUGGACAACGGCAGCGUCUCUGUUCAGGCAGACAAGGUCAAGAUUGUCAGCUGCAACGCAAAGAGACCCGGCGAAGGACAGUAGUAAAGCCCUACGGGAGAAUGGCUUGCACGCAUACCGAUGGACGAGAAUGGGAGGGCAAGAACAAAGAGAGCAGGGAGGUAUACCAUCAAUAACGGCGACAGGACUGGCGGUAACGGCGUUUUGGGGGUUACGGAUACAUGGACAAGGCAUUGAUUCAUCUAUUAAGC